AUGGCAAUAGCAUCGUUGGGAAAAGGAACAAAGCUCGACGCUGCUGAAGUUCGAGCGCUCGUCAAAGCUGCCGGGCUAUCAAUACCCGAUAGUGUAGUUGAAGACUGGCAGGUUCUUCUGGGGUCCUUUGAGGACUGUGCACAGCUCGUGUUUGAGGAAGACGACAGCCUCCCGAUCCCAGAUCCAGAUCGCUAUGUCCGCACAGACAUUCAGAUUCCCGAGGACAACGACAAAGGCGGCUGGGCAACACGAUGCUCCAUCAAGAGUGUCGCUCCCACGAGCACUCUGCUGGCCGGACGCACAGUGGCAGUCAAGGACAACACUGCCGUUGCCGGCGUGAGAUGUACUAAUGGUCUCCCGCCUGUCAAUGGAGAGUGGAUCCCCAAGUAUGAUGCCACUAUCGUAACCAGAGUUCUGGAUGCUGGCGGCAUAAUCACGGGCAAAUCUGCAUGUGAGAAUGCGUGCAUGGAACCCAUCUCCAAUACGUCGUACACCGGCGUCGUCCAUAACCCCUAUGCAGAUGGUUAUACAUGUGGAGGUUCGAGCAGUGGAUCAGGACGAUUGGUCGCCAUCGGCGCUGCAGACAUGGCCUUGGGUGGCGACCAGGGUGGGUCCAUUCGUAUCCCUGCAGCCUUCUGUGGCAUUGUCGGGCACAAACCGACUUGGGGUCUGGUUCCGUACACGGGCAUCCUGGGGCUCCAAUCCGUCAUCGACCACGCCGGGCCCAUGACGGCUAACGUUCGAGACUGUGCACGGCUGCUUGAAGCCAUAGCCGGCCCGGACGGCAUCGAUGACCGUCAACCCUUCUCCAUGGCUCCGGAAACCUUGCGUUAUUCGAGCGCCUUGGACGAAUUCCUGGCCGCAGGAGCCGCAAAGCCCCGAGACCAAAUCCUCGGGGGUCUCAAGGUCGGAGUCCUCAAGGAAGGCUUCGCCAGCAAACAGAUGGACGCGAACGUGGCCAAAGCGUGUCACUCGGCCAUCUCGGACCUCAAAGAACUGGGAGCCGAAGUGGUCGAAGUCUCGGUCCCGACCCACGACCACAUCAGCGUCAUCUGGAUGUGCGCCCUGCCACUGCGCGGGGCUCGGGAGGCGCUGCUCGGAGACACGACGGGGCGCAAGAACCUCGAAUUGACGGAUCGCGUUGCUCCUGUCGCCCCGGCCAUGGGGCCGAGUGAGAAGGCGUUUCUCUCGCAAGACUUCUUCGACGCCCUGGGCCCCGGCGCCCAGAACCUGUACAUGCGGUACCUGUACGUCAACACCAAAUACGGUGCGAGUCUGCACGCCAAAUGCACCAAUCUGCUGGCCAAGGCGACACAGGCAUACGACGCCAUCCUCGCCUCUGUCGACGUGUUGGUGAUGCCCACUAUCCCGAUGCCGGCAUUGCCUUUCCCGGGGGGAGCUAGUAACCCCUCUGGACGCUUCCCCGGCGGACCUCUCGAGGCCCUCUCCUACCCACUAGGCGUGCUCAGCAACACGGCACAGUUUAAUUCCACCGGUCACCCGGCCAUUUCAGUGCCUGUGGGGUUUGUGCCCGCGCCGGAUAACCCAGACGUGAAGCUGCCGGCUGGGCUCCAGAUUGUCGGGAAGCGGUUCGAGGAUUUGACCUGCCUCAAAGUGGCAGCGGUGUGGGAGGAGAACAAGGACUGGAAGUCGCUGCUGUUUGCGUAG